GUUCUCUGCCAGCUUUGAGCGUCAGAAGGGAUCAGGAGGAGAAAAUAAAGAAAAGCGAGAGCAGAGCUUAAAAAAAGCAGGACCAGAAACAUUUUAAAGAGAAGCCGGAUAACGCUGCGGCUUGGUGUUCGGUUACACGGAGGAGGAAAAACACAACAGGCAGAGUAAAGGAGGACUAGUGUUCGGAUUAGUGGAGGAUUAGGAUAAAUGAGGGGAAAGUCGGGAUGAGCAGAACACUGGGAAAAUGUUUUAUGAAACCGAAUGGGAAACAUUAAACCGGAUCUGGGUGGAUUUAUAUAUCCCUGCCUGUCGACCUGCCGCGGAUGAGUUUUAAAGGAAGAAAGUAAUCCAGUACAUCAGACAUCAACACGAAGAUUGUUUGUGCCGAUGCCAACGGCUCACUGUGGCUUCUUCCAUCAUGGCCGGAUCAUGAGGUGUUUAACUUAUUUGUUACUGCUUCCAGAAACACUGAAAAAACCAAAGAAGCUCCAAGAGUCCUGCGAGAUUCUCACUUUAUCCUCUUCGAGCGCCCAGAAGGGAAACAAGACGACGAAGAUGGCCGCGGAGUUGUUCUCCGCCGCCAAUCCCGAUAACACCGCCUCCGCCAAUGGCACCGCGGUUCCGGUGGUGGAGAAAACCAACGCCGCGGUUUGUCCUGCCAGGAGCGGCGGCGCCGCCUUCAGCAGCACCGGCGGCUCCAGCAGCGCAGCCAGAGACCCGAGCAGCCCGCUGAACAUCAGCAACAACAAGACGGAUCCAGCCAGCAGCAGCGGCCACCCCACACUCAGAGAGAGGAAUGCCUUGAUGUUCAACAAUGAGCUGAUGGCUGAUGUUCACUUUAUUGUUGGGCCCCUGGGGGAAUCCCAGAAAAUACCAGCUCAUAAGUAUGUUCUGGCUGUGGGAAGCUCCGUCUUCUGUGCCAUGUUUUAUGGCGAUUUGGCCGGGGAAGAGUCUGAAAUCUAUAUCCCAGAUGUGGAACCUGCUGCUUUUCUAAUUCUUCUAAAAUACCUGUACAGUGAUGAGAUUGAUCUGGAUGCGGACACGGUGCUGGCCACUCUGUACGCUGCCAAGAAGUACAUCGUCCCAGCACUAGCCAAGGCCUGUGUCACCUUCCUGGAGACGAGCCUAGAGGCCAAGAAUGCCUGUGUACUGCUCUCCCAAAGCUGCCUGUUCGAGGAGCCUGAGCUGACACAGCGCUGCUGGGAGGUUAUCGAUGCUCAGGCUGAGAUGGCGCUGCGCUCAGAUGGUUUCUGUGACAUUGACCGACAGACACUGGAGCUCAUCCUGCAGAGGGAAACACUCAACACAGAGGAGGUGGUUGUGUUUGAGGCAGUGAUGAACUGGGCUGCGGCAGAAUGCAGAAGAAGAGGUUUGGGGCCCAGCACCCACAACAAAAGAGACGUACUGGGCAGAGCGCUGUUUUUGGUCCGUAUUCCCACCCUGAGUGUGGAAGAGUUUGCUAAUACAGUGGCACAAUCUGACAUCCUGACUCUGAAAGAGACGCACAAUGUCUUCCUGUGGUACACAGCAUCCAAAAAGCCUGUGCUGGACUUCCCCUUGACGCCGAGGCAGGGCCUGUCCCCUCAGAGAUGUCACCGCUUUCAGUCCUCUGCUUACCGCAGCAAUCAGUGGCGCUACCGUGGCCGUUGUGACAGCAUUCAGUUUGCAGUUGACAAGAGGAUCUUCAUCGCCGGUCUUGGAAUGUACGGGUCAAGUGGUGGCAGGGCUGAAUACAAUGUUAAGAUUGAGCUCAAGAGACAAGGCGCGGUCCUGGCGCAGAGCAUCUCCAAGUUUGUGUCAGACGGCUCAAGUAGCACGUUCCCCGUGUGGUUUGACCAUCCAGUGCAGGUAGAGCAGGACACGUUCUACACGGUGAGCGCUGUGCUGGACGGAAACGAGCUGAGCUACUUCGGUCAGGAGGGCAUGACUGAGGUGCAGUGUGGGAAGGUGACAUUUCAGUUUCAGUGCUCCUCGGAUAGUACUAAUGGGACAGGCGUGCAGGGAGGACAGAUCCCAGAGCUGGUCUUCUAUGCCUAAGCUGCUCCUUACUGCUGUUGUGGCCUUUUACCCUUCAAGCUAAUGUAGCAUUGAACCACUUUGUUAAAGUCACACUGAAUGACGAGAUUAUCCUAAAAGCUACAGAAAUGUUCUAUUUAAUUUAAGGUUAUUUUUAUUUAAGUGCUGAUUUAAGGUUAUUUGCUCUGCUUCUUGUGUCAACGGGCUGCAUCUGCUGUGGAGAUAAAGCUCAUACUGUGCCUAUAUAAUCGAGCUCAAGUCCAAACCUGGAAAGAUUAAAGACGAAGUUUGAGGCUGGAUGCAAUGUUGUUCCUGUAGUUAAAGCAUCAAUACAAAUAAGUUCUAAUUAAAACUACAAAAAGAUAAAAAAAUAAAUUGGUUUCCCAUUCAGAGAACUACUUCAAGCAUCUUUUCUUUUUGUAAAAUAGAUGCCAACUUAAUGUGUUCUGUCGAAAAAAGGCUCAUGGCCUGAUGAAAUAAAAGUUGACAUGCGAA